ACGGUCCCAACUUCCGGUUAAAGAUUGGCGGGUCGCUAGAAAAGAGACUUUUGGAGCUGUGCUGUGACAUUGUUGAUGUCCUCGAUUAUGUCCAAACUAGCAAUUAGUGAAACUGACAGGAAACGUCCCCCGCCCAUUAAAGUCCUGUCUGGCCAGCUAAGGACGGCGGGGAUCCGGGGUGCCGCUGAAUGCGGGGAGGGAUGUGUCAUUAGGGUGGCCCGGGGGCGCUCUUUGCGUGUCUCAAUGGUGUGGAUGCAGGGGACUAUACUGGAAGUCCAACUGGAGAGAAACACCGUGCUGCUGAUGGAUGAGACGGGGACUUUCUCAGUUCAAGGAGUGAACAAUAUUCCCAAAGGAAAACCGUGUUUGUCCCAAGGCAAAUAUGUCAUGGUGAUGGGCGUCAUCCAGACCCUCUCCCCGGAGCCAGUCAUCCGUGCGGUGAAGAUGGCCGACCUCUCAGAGUUCGCUGUGCUACACAGACAGAUGUGGAAGCUGGAAGUAGAAGAUCUGCAGCAGGUGCUGGCUUAAAAGUGGAGCUGCAGGCGGAGAUCGUGCUAUUACAACAGGCAGCACGAUGCAGUAGUGAUUCUAAACAAAACACCAAGACUACCUCAAAGGAAUCAUCAGAUUUUUCUACAAGUCCAGAUUACAUAUUGAAGGAUGAAUAGUAAUGAGAUGUUUGUAUAUACACAAGACUUGUCAUGUUUAGAUUAAUCUAAAAUAUCAUUGUAUGGAAAUGGAUCUGGUAUUUAAUGUUUUAAGGUCCACUUAAAAUUUUGUACAUAAACCUAUUUAAUAUGCAGACUUGAGUCUUAUAAAAUGUUAAACCAUCUUCAUUCCAUUUGUCAUGACUUAAAUGGAUACAGCUUAAAAAACCUGGUGUCCUUUAGGUGAGGUUUACCAGUAUCCUCACUCAACUUGCAACUGGAAUCUUAAUUAACUGACAGACACAGCAGUUUCAAUAGA